AACAUUUAUCUUAUAAAUUCCAUUGAAUAUAAUGUCAUCAGAGAAAGUUCAAAAAGAAAGCAUAUCCAUUCUUCAAGAAUGGAUCCGAGAUGUAACUGGGGUGGUGACCGGAACGUCAACCAAUGGUCCUAACACAGCUCAAUUAAUUUAUUUCAAAGGGCAAACAUGUGCUCUUAUCAUUAACAUUGAUUUUACAAAUGAAGAUAUAAUUAAAAUUAAAUUUUUGGACUCAGUUAAUGGAGGGCAAAAGGAUUUCCAAUUUGAGGUUAAUUCCGACAGAUCUAAUGAGGAACUUCCCUCAGAUUUUAAAGAUAGAUUUAUUAAAGAAAUAUCUCAAUUGAAAGAAUUUAUCAUUAAAACAUUAAAAGUACCAAACAUAAGUACUGAACAUCAAAGAUCAAACGAUUAUCAAAGAUCUAGACCAGGAGAUAGCGAUGAUGGAGGACGAGAACCAAAAAUUCCUACAGUAUCGAAUAAUGAACCACCUUUACACAGAGGAAAUAGACCCCCUGACAUGCCAGAUUUUGAUGAUGAAUAUGAAAUAUUACGUAGAGAGCCAUUACUGGCCAGACCAUCAUAUGAUGCAUUCCCAAGCAUAGGUGAUGAUGACUUGAACCCACCAGGUCUCCCCAAACACCCUGAAAUGAAACCUUAUCUUGACCAUCGUCCUGGGUACGGCGAUGGUGGGAUGCACCCUUCAGGAAACCAUCCGCUAUUCAGUGGAAGGUUUGGACGUGGUUCACCAUCUGGCCCACCAGGAGUUCCCCCCGGUGCUAGAUACGACGACCCAACCACAGGUGAUGGGUUUGAAGGUAUCGGGGGACCUGGGUUUCAGGGAAACUUUGGACCCCCAGGAUAUGGUUCAGGAUCAGGAUCAGGGUCUGGUUUUGGAUUUGGUCCAGGUUCAGGUUCAGGACUGGGUCUGGGGCCGUUUGGAUUUUAAAUCACCAAAUUAAAACUUAGCUGUACAUUGUAUUAUUGAACAUAUAUGAUAUAUUGAAUGAAUAACGAUUAGUGAAUAACAAUUUGAAACAACUACCCAAUACACAGAGCAGCUGGUU